CAUUUUUCACCGUUCGAUCUCUGAUCCCGUCAACAGUCUUUCGUACAUUUCACGAUCUCUCCUUCUGUGUGUCGGUGAUCUCUAAUUUCCCUUACCAAUUUCUCCUCCCAUUAGCUGUUCUAAAUUGGUACUUUCUGGGUCAUUUUUCAUUUAAUAGAGUAAAUUGCAGCUGCUUUUCUUCAUUAACUUGUUAGAUCGUUGUUGCUCUGAGUUACGCACAUCCCAUUUUGCUCUGCGAAGUCAUUUUCUUGUUCAAACAGGUCUGCAAAUGCAUCUCUUUCUGUUAAAUCUCUUCUGAUUAGCUUCAUAAAUUGACUCAAGAUCUGAUUUUGAUUUCUGGGUUUUUUUUAACUUUGAUUAGAACCCAAAAUGCCAUUGAUUCGUUUUGAUUCCAACAAACAGCACUAUGCUACUAGUAGUUUGGUGGUUGGAUAUGCUCUUUGUUCAAGUUUGCUUGCCGUUAUCAACAAAUUUGCCAUCACUAAAUUCAAUUAUCCAGGUCUCUUGACUGCGCUACAGUACCUAACCUCUGCUUUAGGUGUGUGGGUUUUGGGUAGAUUAGGGUUUUUGCAUCAUGAUCCCUUCACUCUUGAUAUUGCCAAGAAGUUUUUGCCUGCUGCUAUUGUGUUUUAUCUUGCAAUCUUCACCAAUACCAAUCUUCUGCGUCACGCAAAUGUGGAUACUUUUAUAGUGUUCAGAUCCUUGACACCCCUUUUGGUUGCCAUUGCUGACACUACAUUUAGGAGGCAGCCUUGCCCCUCCAAACUCACAUUUGUGUCUCUGGUUAUCAUUUUGGGUGGUGCUGUUGGUUAUGUUGCCACUGAUUCUGCCUUUACUUUGACUGCAUAUUUGUGGGCAUUUGCGUAUCUGGUGACAAUUACCACAGAGAUGGUUUAUAUUAAGCAUAUGGUAAUGAAUCUUGGGUUGAACACUUGGGGUUUUGUGUUGUACAACAAUUUGUUGUCUUUGAUGAUGGCUCCUAUUUUUUGGGUUUUGACGGGAGAGUAUGCUGAUGUGUUUGCUGCUUUGGGAGCAAAUGCUGGUAAUUGGUUUGAACCUGUGGCGUUUACUGCAGUGGCUCUGUCAUGCGUGUUUGGGUUGGCCAUCAGUUUCUUUGGGUUUGCUGCUAGGAAGGCCAUAUCUGCCACAGCAUUUACCGUGACUGGUGUAGUUAAUAAGUUUCUUACAGUUGUAAUCAAUGUGGUGAUUUGGGAUAAACAUGCCAGUCCUUUUGGUUUGGUUUGCCUUCUUUGCACAUUGGCUGGCGGGGUUCUUUAUCAGCAGUCAGUCACUGGAGCUGUUAGUGCUCCUUUGCAACGAGAGUCAACAGCAUCCAAGCAAAUGGAUAGUGAAAAUGUUGACAAUGAAGAAGAGAGUCAGGGGAAGAACAUUUCUGAAUUUGGAUGAAUUUAUGUGAUGACCGUCGGAGUUGCCCUUAAAGAAAUCCAUGAACCUAUCGAGCUGUAACCAGGAUCUUUUAUGUUUCUUUCAUUCAGCUAUUAGUUCUCCGAUUCCUUCCGUGCCUUCCAGAUUCCUACUCGGAUGCUUUAUGGUUUAUGCUUCGCCGUGCGAACCAGACAAGCAUGGUCAUCUGACCCUGGGUUCUAGGCUGACUGUUGUUGCUUCACCCCAUUAAGACAUGUUGGUUGGCAAUAUCUGAAGGAAACUGCUGUUUGGAGUUUUGUACAGAAACUACCAACCAAACACACCCGUAGUGUUUGAGUCGUAGGAAGUUGGUUUCCUAGGAAAAAGAAAAAGGAAAAGAAAAUUGCAUAACACCCUCUCCUUUAGUUUUAAUUUUCAACUUAUCUUGCUUUCUUGUGACUCAUCCUUCUCUAAUAACCAUUCUAUUGAGUG